AUGUCGGACAGCGAGGCCGAGCGAGGCAGUGAGCCUCCGACGGCUCGCGAGGACGAGGCGGCGCAGGAGCCCGAAACCGUCGAAGAAGUCGACACACCCAUGCCUGAAGCCUCUACGAAUGCUGAUGAAGAGGCCUCGGCUCCGAAUGCAAGCGAGGGAGUCGAGGUGGCAAAGCUCAACGCCCUGCUGACCACUGGCUUUGAGCAGGAAGCCGGCAACCAACCGACCUGUGAUGACGACAUGUCGGACAGCGAGGCCGAGCGAGGCAGUGAGCCUCCGACGGCUCUUGAGGACGAGGCGGCGCAGGAGUCCGAAACCGUCGAAGAAGUCGACACACCCAUGCCCGAAGCCUCUACGAAUGCUGAUGAAGAGGCCUCGGCUCCGAAUGCAAGCGAGGGAGUCGAGGUGGCAAAGCUCAACGCCCUGCUGACCACUGGCUUUGAGCAGGAAGCCGGCAACCAACCGACCUGUGAUGACGACAUGUCGGACAGCGAGGCCGAGCGAGGCAGUGAGCCUCCGACGGCUCGCGAGGACGAGGCGGCGCAGGAGUCCGAAACCGUCGAAGAAGUCGACACACCCAUGCCUGAAGCCUCUACGAAUGCUGAUGAAGAGGCCUCGGCUCCGAAUGCAAGCCGUCCCUCUACGACCCCCAGGCGCAGGUCCAUUGCAGCGCAAGUCGCCGACUGCAAGGCCAAGAUCGCUGAGCUGCAAAAGCUGAAGGUGCAAAGGCUGGAAGAAGAGGACUACAUCGGGGCUCACGAAGCAAAGCAGGAGAUCCUAGCGCAUGAGCAGAGUUUGCAGGCUCUGCGCCUGGAGACAAUGCCCACUCCCACUCGAGGGGAGGAUUCGAAGGACGAGGACGACGCGAGCCGAGCUCGCAGCGAGGAUUUGGAAGCUGCUUGGCGUCCUCACCCUGAUGACACGAACCUGGUGACCCUGGAAGCCUUGGAUGGGCAGGGCCUGCCUUUCGUGCUCCCCGCGGACACCUUCGACCGCCUCUAUCCCUACCAGCAGAAGGGCGUGGCCUGGAUGGCCAGGCUGUGGCAGAAAGGGCAUGGUGGCGUGCUGGCGGACGAGAUGGGCCUGGGAAAGACUAUCCAGGUGUGUGCGCUGCUGAACGGGGCCCGCAAAGCUGGUGCUACCCACGCGCUGCUCUUGAUGCCUGUCACGCUGCUGGACCAGUGGAGCCGAGAGGCGAGACUCUGGUGUCCAGGUUGGCCCGUGUACACCUACUAUGGGACCCCCUCGCAGCGGGCAAAGGCUUUGCGUGGCCUUCGGAGACCCAUGGGAGGAUUGUUGCUGACGUCCUACUCGCUUCUGAGCAACUGCGAAGAUCUCCUGGAGGUGCAAGUUGAAGAUGUCCCGGAGCCGACGCACCGUCGUGGACGAAAGCCUGGAGGCGAGAAGCCGUCCAAGCGUCGGAAGCUGGACGACGACGACGGCUUCGAUGAAGGCGGCGACUCGGAGGAGGAGCUCUUGGAGCCUGAGCUCCCUGGCGGGGAGCUCCCGGCUCUUGGAAGCCGCAGGUCUUGGGACCUGGUCGUGUGCGAUGAGGCACACAGGAUGAAGAACAUGUCCUCUCUCCUGGCCAAGAGCCUCCGCAAGCUCAAGUCGUCUUGCCGCAUUCUGCUCACGGGCACACCGGUCCAGAACGCUCUUCAGGAUCUGUGGGCAUUGAUGGACUUUGCACAGCCUGGACUUUUGGGAAAUCAUGCCACGUUUGUCAAGACCUUCAGUGAGCCCAUUGACAAAGGCAGCGUACGAGGUGCCAAGGUCUGGGCUGUCGAGCUCAAGAAGCACCUGGCCGAGCAGCUGCGGGCCCUGAUUCGUCCACACUUGCUGCGCCGGACGAAGGUGAAUGCUGGCUUGACAGGCGGCGCGUCUGAUGUGGCUGAGGAUGUUGACAUGGAGGGGGCCGAGAACGAAGACAAGGACAUCGAAGGAGUGGUGACCAAGCUGCCCAGCAAGAGAGAGACCAUUGUCUGGUUGGUUCCCAGUGAGGAGCAGAAGGCCGCCUACAAGAAGGUCCUCGAGCAGAGCGAGGUGAUCAAAGAAGCCUGCGUCAAGUCCAAGCUUGGCAUCGAGGUCUUCCGGGCGAUCGGCUUGCUGAAACGCCUGUGCAAUCACCCGCUGUUGUUGCUGCCGAUGCCCACGAUGAAGGACUGGGCCAACCUUCUCCAGGAGGUGCAAGCUUCUGCAGAGGACGCGGGCGGCAGCAAUGAGAUCUCAGAUGCGGAGCAGCAGGAUGAUGUCACCGCCACCGAGACCUCACCCGAAGCCGUGCCUGCUGCAGACCAGCAGGACGAUGCGCAGUGCGGUCAAGAUGUGGAGUCACUGCUGAAAUCGUUGUCUCGCAGUCGCCAGGAGGUGCUCUUGCAAAGCUCCAAGCUUCGGUGCCUGGCGCGGCUCCUGCCCGAGCUGGCGUCCCAAGGCCACCGGACCUUGGUUUUCUCACAGAGUGUCAAGAUGCUCGACUUGGUGCAAAUCUGCUGCUUGAAGCCUCACGGCCUCCGGUGCUUGCGGAUCGACGGGCAGACCGAUACCCAGGCACGUGCUGAGAAGGUGACGAAGUUCAACAACCAACCAGAGCGGUUUCAGUGCAUGCUUCUCACCACUGCCGUCGGGGGCGUUGGCCUGAACUUGACGGCCGCCGAUCGCGUGGUCAUCGUCGACCCUGCUUGGAAUCCCGCCACCGAUGCCCAGGCCGUGGACAGAGCAUAUCGCAUUGGGCAGACCAAGGAGGUGAGAGUGUAUCGCCUCAUCAUGAGUGGCCUGAUUGAAGACAAGAUGUUUCGGCUGCAGGUCUUCAAGAUGGGACUUACUCGAACAGCACUCGAAGCAGAUCAGCAGCACCGGUACUUCACGGCGAAGGAAAUCCGUGCGCUUUUUGAGUGGGUUGAUCCGUCCCAGGGUGAGACGCGGGCCCUUCUUCGCGAGAAGCAUGGGGAGGGCCAGGAGGCUGACGUCGCGGCUGCAGCUGCAGAGGACGGCUCCGAUGCUUGGAUGCAGACGCCUGCCCUGGACCUCAGUGACUUCGCCUGCUUGUACGGAUCGUCCGGAGAGGAUGACGUGCAGGAUGAGGGUUUCUCAGCCCAGGUCGCAGAAGCCAAGCAGAAGCUCGAAGCUGCGGAUGAGAAGCUUCGCCAGAAGCAGCAAUCGCGACAAGAGGCGGAGGCGGAGGUGGCGCGACUGGCCAAAGAGAUCGAGGAGGUCUCGGCGUGUGUGGAGGAUGCGAAGGAGAAGCGGCUUCGCGCCGAAGAGGCAUGGAAGGACCGACGGUCGGACCUGCUCCAGGCCCGGAAGGGGGAGACCGGCGCCCAGCAGCGACUGGAGAAGGCUGGCUGCAAUGUGAUCACGCUCCAGGAUCGGCUCCUCAACCACCAGCAUUCGUUGACAACGGCAAAUGAGGACGUUGAGACUGCCGGUCUCAAAGCUGGCGAGGCAGCCGAAACAUCCAAGGAGAAUCACCAGACAUUCGUGCAGGCACUUUCAAGUGCCGAGGGCCAGCUGGGCCUCGUCGAUCAGCGUGGUGCUGCCACAGGUGACUGUGCCGCCGAUGCUGCGCCCGACAGGUUAAAGAAAGCUCAAAAGGCAUUGGACAAGUUGAAGACAUCGAUUGAAAACAACUCCUUCCGACAGGCGGAGUACGAGACCCUGGAAGAGGACGUGAUCAAAGUGGAGCCAGGCCGCGAACGAGAGCGGCAUCGCCUGGACCAGCUCAUCACGAAGGCUUUGCAGCGCGCGGAGACCUCGCGUGAGAAUGUGCUCCGGGAAGUGCAGAAUUUCGUUGAGGCCGGCAUGUGGUUCGCCGAGUCUCUGCAGAAGACCCAGAAGCGGCCGGUAAGGAUGGACCAGGUCAAGGCCGUCCAGUCCGCUGUGAAGGCUGCUUUCAGGCAGCUGCCGAAGGCUUGGCAGGCCGUGCGCAGCGCCUGGGAGGCGCAGACGAAAGCCGGCGCCCAGCGACGCAAGGUGGCCCUGCGGAGGGCCACGGCUGUGCAGGCAAAGGCGGACGCUGAGGCAGCGGUGCAGAGCGCCUUGAACGAGCAGAAGGAGGCUGAGGCAGAAGAAGCCCAGCUGCGCGGCGAGCGCGGCGCGAAGGAGUCUGACCUCGCAGCCGCAGAGGCGGCGCGUCAAGCGGCUCACCAGCGCGAGGCCGAUGUGAAGCGGCGCCGCGAUGAGCUGAAGGCCCAGCAGCCAGCAGCGCGGGACGCCGUGAAGGCCGCCCGCGCGGAAGAGCGCGAGGCGGAUGCAGAGCGCAAGGCCCUGCAUGCCCGAGCCGAAAAGCGCGAGAAGGAGCAGGAGUUGCUGGAGGAGGCGAAAAGCACCGCAGUCAGACAGCUCAAGAACGAGGAGUACGAUGCUAACCAGGUCGUACUCGCCUACGAGGAAAAAAGGGGAAGCAAGAAGGCGCAGGAAUGA